AUGUCUUCGCCCCAGCAACGGCUCUCCUCUAUCUCGAACCAGCUUUCGGGUUCGAACGCUGCGUCCUCCAGGGAGAAAUUGCUGGCCAAAAACCCUGACGAUGUCGUAAUAACGCUUGCUGUUCGAACUCCGCUCACAAAGGCGAGGAAAGGUGGUCUUAAGGACACCCGUCUCGAUGACCUGUUAAUUUCCCUAUUGACGAGCGUGCGCGAAAAGUCCAAGCUGGACCCUACCCUCGUCGAAGAUGUCUCCGUUGGCAACUGUCUCUGCCCCGGCCAGGCAUACGUUGCCCGUUCUGCUGUGCUUGCAGCAGGAUUCCCCGCUUCUACGGCCGCAUCUGUCUCCAACCGAUUCUGCUCUUCUGGAUUGCUGGCGAUUCAGAACAUUGCAAACCAGGUGAUUGCUGGCUCGAUCGAUGUUGGUAUUGCCGUUGGCGCGGAGAGCAUGAGCACAAAUGCCGACGGCGGUGCACCGGACCUGUCUAAUUCGAUUCUGUCGCACCCUGUUGCCUCGCAGAACAUGCAGCCCAUGGGUCAGACCUCUGAGAAUGUUGCUGGUCAAUUCAGCAUCUCUCGUGAGCAGCAUGACCAGUUUGCUGCCAAGAGUUACCAGAAAGCAGAGGCUGCUCAGAAGGCUGGCUGGUUUGAAGAUGAAAUCGUACCCGUCAAGACGCAGAUCAAAGAUCCCAAGACUGGUGAAGUCAAAUCCGUUGUUGUUGACAAAGACGAUGGCAUCCGAUAUGGCACAACUGCCGAGUCACUGGGCAAGAUUCGGGCCGCAUUCCCUCAGUGGAAUCCAAGCAACACCACUGGCGGCAAUGCCAGUCAGAUCACCGAUGGUGCUGCGGCAGUUUUACUCAUGAAACGGUCUCGUGCUGAGGAACUCGGGCAACCCAUUAUCGGCAAGUUUGCUGGAGCAACAGUUGUUGGCUUAGAACCCAGAAUUAUGGGGAUCGGCCCCUCGUUGGCCAUUCCUAAGAUUCUUUCCAAGUUCGGUUUGACCAACAACGAAAUUGACAUCUUUGAAAUCAAUGAGGCAUUUGCAUCCAUGGGCGUAUACUGCGUUCAGAAGCUAGGCUUGGAUAUGUCCAAGGUAAAUCCUCGCGGCGGUGCGAUUGCCUUCGGCCACCCAUUGGGAGCAACAGGCGCGCGCCAGGUUGUUACUGCUCUAUCAGAACUGCGACGGCAGAACAAGAGAGUGGCUGUAACUUCCAUGUGUGUUGGAACGGGUAUGGGUAUGGCCGGUAUCUUCGUUUCCGAACACUAG